CCGGCGGGGAGGCGGGAGCCGGGCCGCCGGGCAGCCGGACCCUGAGCCCCGGAGCUGCCAAGGCCGAGCCGCCGGGCGCCGCGGGCCCCAGCCCCAAGAAGGCCCCAGGAGAGGCAUCUUCCCCCGCGGGAGUCGCCGGACGCGGGGGCGCCGCGGCCGCGCGUUCCGCAAGGAGGACGAGGAGGAAGCGGCGCAGCUUGCCGGCCGAGAGGAAGCGCUCCACCCGCGCCCCCGACGGCGCUCGUUUAACCACAUCCGCGCCUCCGCUGGAAACGCGUCCAGGCGCCUGUCACCGGUUCCCUCCAUUUUGAAAGGGAAAAAAGGCUCUCCCCCUUCCCCUCCUCCUAGGAGCCGGAGCCGGAGGAGCCGCGCUCAUGGCGUUCAGCCCCUGGCAGAUCCUGUCCCCCGUGCAGUGGGCGAAAUGGACGUGGUCCGCGGUGCGCGGCGGGGGUGCCGGAGAGGACGAGGCCCGAGGGCCCGAGGGCGACCCCGAGGAGGAGGACUCGCAAGCCGAGACCAAAUCCUUGAGUUUCAGCUCGGAUUCUGAAGGUAAUUUUGAGACCCCUGAAGCUGAAACGCCCAUCAGAUCCCCGCUCAAGGACUCCUGUGAUUCACAGCUGGGACUGGCAGGCCCUGGAGCCAAAACCCAAGACUCAGAAGAAGUGGAUGAACAGCUGGUGGCAGAAGUGGUUGCACAGCGUUCAUCUGAGGCUUGUUCUAGUCCCCCAGGAAAUGAGGGGGCUCAGCAAGCUGCCACCUGUUCCUCAGCCAAGGGUUUCAAAGAACAGCCUGAACCUGACAUUAGCAAAAUCUCAGUGGUGAGGCCAUUUUCCAUAGAAACCAAGAAUUCCACGGAUACCCCAGCAGCACUUGGGACAAACGCAGGUUAUGGCAGUGUCACCACGGACUUAGGCGAGGCCGGGCCCUCCGGGGCACCAGACGCCCUCCAGGACGAGGCCAUGACCGAGGGCACCAGGGGGCUCCCGCUGGAGGCGCCCGCAGAAGCUGGCCCGAAGGCAGGGAGCCCCUGUCCGGAGCUGGUGCCCGGCAGGAGCAGGCUGAGGAAGCCCAAGCCCGUCCCCCUGAGGAAGAAGGCCAUCGGCGGGGACUUCUUGGAGGGCCCGCACCUCCCCGGGCCGUCCAGCCAGCUCGGUCCUGAUGGAGCGGAUGGGAACCACAGCCCUUCCUCACGCAGAUGUCCCCCCAAGGUUAAGGAAACUCCCGGCCCUCCUGGGAGUGACAUCAACGACUCAGGGGUUGAGCUGCUGGAGGGGUCGCAGAGCUCCCCGCUGAAGCUGGAGUUUGAUUUCUCAGAAGAUGUGGCAAGUGAAGAGGCCAGGAAAGCCCUUCCCAGGAGACUGGGCAGGAAAGCGGGGAGCAGACUGACUCCCCAGGCCCAGAAAGAUGGUGCCAGCGCGGCAGGAGGAGCAGAGCCGCCUCCUGGCCUGGCCGCAGACGGUGGUCCUCUCCCCCGAGCAUCUUCCACGCUGGACCCCGGGCCCUGGGAGAGCCCCACGUCCAGUCCCCUUGGGGGCCACUCCGCCCUGCAGCACUCCCCCCUGCUCUCCUCUAAGGGCUCCUACCGCUUCGACCCAGAUAACUUUGACGAAUCCAUGGAUCCCUUUAAACCCACCAUGACUCUCACGGGCAGUGACUUUUGCUCUCCCGCCGGUAGUCAUGUUCAUGAAAUCUUAGAUUCACCCAAGAAGGCCAAGUCGCGUUUAAUAACGACUACUGAGCAAGUGAAAUUUCUCUGUUUUCUGUUGAGUGGCUGUAAGGUGAAGAAAUACGACGCUCAGUCUCUGGCUUUGGACGGCUGUUCUCAGGAUGAAGGAGUGGUGACCUCCCAGCUUUCAGACAUCUCCCACCGGGACGGCCACGCCACCGAUGAGGAGAAGCUGGCGUCCACGACGUCGGGUCAGAAACCCGCGGGGCCCGAGGGGAAAGGUGAGCCAGAGGACGGCCCGGAGUACUUUGAAUGUUCCAAUGUUCCCGUGCCUGCCGUAAGUCGCACAUUCGCAUCCUCAGAAGCAGGCAUCGAGAAAGACACGUGCCAGAAGAUGGAGAAGGAAGGACCUGCGGGGCCCGGACUGCUGGAGUCCCCAAUGGAGAAGGUCCCGGUGUCUGUGGCCUGCGGAGGGGAGAGCCCCCUCGAUGGCAUCUGCCUCAGUGAAUCGGACAAGACCGCCGUGCUCACCCUGAUCAGAGAAGAGAUCAUCACUAAAGAGAUUGAAGCAAAUGAAUGGAAGAAAAAAUACGAAGAAACCCGACAGGAAGUCUUGGAGAUGAGGAAAAUCGUGGCCGAGUAUGAGAAGACCAUUGCCCAAAUGAUCGAAGACGAGCAGAGGACAAGCAUGUCGUCUCAGAAGAGCUUCCAGCAGCUGACUAUGGAGAAGGAGCAGGCCCUGGCCGACCUGAACUCUGUGGAAAGGUCGCUGUCCGACCUCUUCAGGAGAUACGAGAACCUGAAAGGCGUCCUGGAAGGGUUCAAGAAGAACGAAGAAGCCUUGAAAAAGUGCGCUCAGGAUUACUUAGCCAGAGUCAGACAAGAGGAGCAGCGGUACCAGGCCCUGAAAAUCCACGCAGAAGAGAAACUAGACAAAGCCAACGAGGAGAUUGCUCAGGUCCGGACAAAAGCAAAGGCCGAGAGCGCCGCCCUCCACGCGGGGCUCCGGAAAGAGCAGAUGAAGGUGGAGUCUCUGGAAAGGGCCCUUCAGCAGAAGAACCAAGAAAUCGAAGAACUGACGAAAAUCUGUGACGAGCUGAUUGCAAAGCUGGGAAAGACGGACUGAGUUUCCCCGGUUAGCUCAGCAGAUCUGCAUUUGGCUGCUUCUCUCUCGUGACCACAAUUACCUUGCCUUACCCAGGAAUAAUUUCCCCCUUGCAGAGAAAAAAAAAAAAAAAACACAUUACAAAAGCACACACCUACUGCUGCCUGUCCUGCUUUGCUGCCAGUGCAACGGCCCCAGAGGAAACGCCGAGAAAGGAGUGGGACCAAACCCCGUCGAGAGGCUUGUCCAGACAGGCUGCGGAGCCCGGGCUACAAUUUCUCCAUCUUUAGUUCGUUUUAAAGUCAUCUUUACUUUCCCCCAGUGUGUUCCGUUUAUGAUUUUGUAGCUACUCUUUGGGGUCAUCUCCUGCCCACCCCUUGUCUGAUUUUUUAAAAAUUUUACUUAUUUCAUCUUUUAAAUGUUAAGUUUCAAUAGUAGUGGUUUUAUUCGAGGAGAUAGUUUGAGCAGGUGAGCACCAGUUGUGUGCACGCUCACAUACACACACACACACACACGUAUUUAUAUGUGCUCCUGGCUUUUUUCUCCCUGAAGCAUAGUCAGAUAAGAACUUCUCUACAGAAGAGCAUGUUUCCCUAAAUGUAAAACGCUAUUUUGAAACAGAAGCCUUGCUCAGAAUGCCAACUUCAGAAUUGGGGGGUUCGAGGUUGUUGAAGAUGUGAAGCCCCCAGACUCCACGUCUGGCUUGACUCAGAACCUCGGACUCAGGUGUCAUGUGGGGGAGACUUGGCUGCAGUGUUCUUGCCCCGCGUCUGGACGCCCCUUAGCCUGGAUGCUGGGGGACCCCUUGGGGUUAGUCCUCAGACUGAGAGUGUCUCCUUUCUGUGUGGCCCCUCACAGCUGGGGUGGCCUAGAGCCACCAGUCUCCUCUGCAUCCUUCCUUGCUACAAAAUCAGCAUUUACCCUGUAUUCUCUUUCUGUUGGAAGUAUGCGAAGAAAAUCUACUUGUGAAAGGUUUUAUUUAAUGAACCCCAUUCGCAAUUGUAAGGUGAAGCCAUGGUCGGGUUUUUUUUGCAAGUGUGAUGCAUUGUUCUUCAGAUUUUUUUUUUCCUAAAGACAAAAAAAUUCCUCUCAAACUCAAAAUAGCAGAACGUUUAACAAAAUGGGUAGGAAGAAUCAUGUGAACCACUCCAAAAAUCAGCGCAUUUUGAAUAUUUUUAAACCAAGGACAAUUGGAUACUGGAGACGGGGAGUGCAGGGAGCAGACUGCCCCCCCUCCAAAAAAACCAACAACAAAUUCCUCAAGCUGUUCCUGGACUCCAUUCAGCGUGGCAGGCUAUUCACCCCCAAGUAGAAGUUUCCUCUGUACCACCGUGAGUCCCCUCCCAUCUGAUAGGCAAAACCAAGUCCCGGCUGGGGUUUUGAAGCACUCUUUUGUCUUAAUCUGAACAGCCUGAGCAUCUUCAUGGUGACAUGCACUCUCCUCAGUUCAUGUAAGUUUUCAGACUUUUCUUGUCAACCUGUUGCAUGAUCCACCUUCAGCAGUGACUUGUGCCUCGUGGAGAAUGUGUGUAGACCUUUAAAGGGUGACCCUUCCUUUAGCCGUGUACUCUUUACGUGGGUGCAGUCUUUAGCCCCAGGGAGGUCAGUGAUGUCUUUUAAAGCCAGAAGUCACAUUUUACUGAUACGCAUUUAUCGUAAUUGGUGCUUGGGCUGUAUUUUAAAGCCUAUCAUCUUAACAUUUUGUACAAAAAAAGACAACAACAGAAACGAUCUUCUGUGUUUGGAGAAGUGACUUGACAAUCACUGGGGCUCCGAAAGCUGUCGCUGUGCUGCUGUUAGGGUCCUCAGAGGAACAGGUGUCUCCAGUUGGGGUGACCCACAGCCCCUCCCACUCCUCUGCGCCUCCAGAAACUAACCCUGCGUUUUGCAGAAAGAAGCGUCACUAACCCUUGUUGGCGGCUGUGUUGCGGUGACACAUCCGUGUUUACUUGUUUCACGUUGAUCUGUUUGACGCAGGAGAGGCUUUUAGUGGUCUCCGUUAGGAAGCCGCGGCCCUCUUUUCAGGCAUCGCAUGCCUAAAAGGAGAAGGUCGCUGUGUGUUAGGUAAGACAGAGGUGACGACAAUCCUUCCCCAGCAGACUGGUGAGAAGAGACCCCUUAAAACCUAGACCUUCGUGAAUGAAGUUGCCGCCCAAGGAAAACGCAAAGGCUCCUGUCAAGUAGUACUUGCCGCUGGCCUCUCAGCCGUGACUGUUGCAAGGAAACGGUCUUCCUUCCCACUUAAUAGAUGCAUGUCCUCCAACAGGAGGAGCAUGGUAGCUUUACAGCUGGCAAAUCAAGAGAAUACACUGGGUAGAUGAAGUAUGUUUGUUUAUUUUUAUUAUUUUUUUAAUAAGGGGGGAAAAGAGCUUUUAGUAUUCCGGAGAGUAAAAAUACAGCCCAGGGUUUUGCUUCAAAAUAUGGGCGGGCCCGAUGCCCUGUGGGUUAGGAGUGACACAGCCUGGGACAAGCGUGGGGAGGACACGAGGGGGAGCCUGGCAUGGACGGGGCUCAGGAACCCAGGAGUCCCGCUGAGACUCUGGACCCACAGCUGGUUCUUAGCUUGUUGGCUUUGCUGAAGUGGAGGUAGAUGGUCUUUAUCUAAAAGUGUUGUAAGUGGAGGAUCUCGUGUAAGACAGACUGAACUGUUUGUCACUCGGGUGGCUGGUCAGUCACAGACAUCCCGAACUGUGCUUGCCUUAGAGAAGCUCCUAGAAGCCAGAGACACGCCCAAACCCUUUGUCUGUAAAACCGGUCUGGAAACGCUGAGGAGUCUGUUUGCUCACGUGGCUGCUGGCAUCUUCAGACCCAUCCAAAUUAGGAAGUGCAGAAGGCACACGUUGCUGGAAAUUUCCAAGGGUCUGGCAGCCUUCCGGGACGAUGCGGAGUCCGAGGGAAGACGUUUGGAGGCCAGCUCAAGCUGAACCCUCUUUCCAGCCAGUUACCCUUCCUAACAUCCCACACUUUCUGCAACCCUCACACAGACACUCAGCUGUCUUUCAGACAGCCCUGAAUUCGUGCGGACGAAUUGCAGUCCGGGAGAGUAAACGGUCCCAAGUGUUCCUGGGCUGACUCAGGGCAGCCAGAGUGAAGCAGUCAUCCUAAUGGAAGGGAGCAGAGGACCCGAGGGCUGUAAAGCUCCAAGUGCAGUUGCCAGAGCUGGUGUGGUUUGUCUGUGUGCUCGAGCUGGGAACGAUUCGGUGCCUGCUGUUUCAGUAGACUAAAAGCUCCCAAGCUCCCUCUCCUCCUUUUGGUUUUUCGCUGCAGUUGGUAGGUGUGUCAUGCACUGUCCACGACUUCUUUGUAGUUUGGUGACGACCAGGCAAGCUUGCUUUUGGCCUUGGGUGGUAUCUUACACAAAUGAUUUCUUUAAAGUAAUUGAACCUCUUGUUGGGAAGAGAGAAAACUAGGUGUUGAAGGAUGAAGUGAGUCCGGCAAAGCAUUUUUAAAGUAAAGCCGUAUAUAUCCUGAAGACUUUGAAAGAUAGCAGAUUAUUAUUACUUGCUUAUUAAAAGAAUAAAUAUUGUCUGGGAAUCCCAGAAUUGUCAAGCCAAAGGUCUAUAAAGUCACUUCCUUCAAAGAUUUCAACAAGUAUUUUAAGGAGACUUCUGUCCGAAAAAGGUUUGACUGGCCUCCAGAUUCCAGUGAUUUUAAGAAAGCAACUCAUCACACAAACCUUGAGUCUCCCAUGCAGUAAAGAGAGAGGAAUGGAUAUAAUAGACGCUUCUAAGGAUCUCCUCUGGAUGGCAGCGUUUCCAGUGGAGACUCCCUCCCCAGUGCUCAGAGCUAGCAUUCUGGAGACUAAAGAUUGCACUUUCUGUUGUUUUUCGUCCAAAUGCAAUCCCAUUUCUGUGCCUCUUAGCAUGCAGUUAGAUUUGGACAAAUAAGAUUCCUAAGGAAUGACUUUAUUAACUAUAAUAUGGUUACAGCUAUUACAUAUACACACACACACACACACAGGUUAUAGUUUUACUCCGGAGACGGUGCAUGCGACGCUGGCCUGUGGCAGUCUGUCUGCUGCUUUAACUCAGUUGGAGGAGGCCCGGCCUGGUGCUGAGGUGUGGCUUUGAACCAUCCCUGUAGUGAUUCUUCACUCCCGAAGGUUAAAGACGCCACGUUCUCCCCCUUCUGCCUUUCAGUGGUAUCUGAAAAAUGCCCCCAAAGGCAUUUCCCAGUCACAUUGUUAACCAGUCAACUGUGUGAGUAGUUUUCUAGUGGUCAUAUAAAAUGUGAGCUCCGGAACCAGCCCGCCGUCCAGACACAGGGCAGUCUGCAGGUGAGACAGGCUGCCUCAGCCUGGGCCCUUCUCACCCAGUGGGACAGGACGCGGGCAUUUCUUUUACAUCUCAGAGGUCACAGCAAACUUCUCCGUGUCGCUCUCAGCAAGUGUGUGUUCGCCAGUAGAUUCCCCACGUGUGCCAACGAGUAAAUGUUAAUGACUUGCACAUCUGCUUCCCCUGUGUCCCCACGGGUGCCACGAAGUGUGUAAGGAGCCUCGUCCAGAGGAACGUAACGCUGCACUGACUACUGCUCCCGGGAUUGUGUCGCGUGGAAUGAGCCUCUACAUAAGUUUUAUAUGCACAAGUAAUUGCCCUUUUAUAUGUCAGGUAAAUAUUUGUAAAAGUUAUACUCACACAAAUGAAAUUAUUAUAAUGAUUACUAAUAUAUUUUUUCCAUGUUUCAUUGCCUGAAUAAAGACUGUUUACCACUGUUA